AUGCUCAUACUACAGCAUAAUAAAAUACCGGUGCAAGACCUCUUCCUGGUAGAACAAACAAUGCUCAAAGUGGCGGAUCGACGAGUGGACUACGAGUAUGGGCUCGACUCAACGCUAUUGGAUAAAGAGCGGCAUACAAUCUAUGGGACACUUCUUGGUUGUGCAGAUCGACUUGGCGUCUUUUCAACAAUGCUCAUCACACCUUCAGAGUUCUUGGACUUUAUCAUUGAAGUUGAUCAUGGUUACUUGGCGAAUCCAUACCAUUCGUUUUAUCACGGGGCCGAUGUUGCGUUCAUGAUCUAUUACAUCAUCAGCUCUUUGGAGGCUGAACGCUAUUUGUCACGAAUCGAUAUCGUAGCACUGUUUAUUGCAGCACUAUGCCAUGACAUUGGUCAUCCCGGUUUCAACAACAACUUUCAGGUCAAGCAGCAAACGGAGGUUGCAAAGAGAUACGACAACAAAUCGGUGUUGGAGAGCUAUUCAAGUAGUCUUACAUUGAGGAUCUUGGAUAAGCAUCGAAUUCUUCGUAACGUUGCAAGAGCCACUGCCGGCAAAACGACUGAAGACAAUAUGCGUGCAUCCAUUAUCAAGAUGAUUCUAUCAACAGACAUGGUGUUUCAUUACGAAUUGCAAGCAAAUCUCGCUAGCCUUGUUGAAAUUACAGCCUAUCGACUCCAUCAACGUGAUAUGGAAGCAACGGCAGACAUGCCAGCAGCCACCACCACCACCACCAAUGAUAAUCAUCAUCGAUCAUCAGCAAGCACUGAUAACAGCAUAUCCAGUAUUGGCACAGCCGACUUAUCCCUUCCCUCGCCGAGUGCCGCCCCUUCACCUUCAUCAAGUAUAAAGAGCAAUGGUUGUACGGACUCUUCAAGUGAACAUUUUGUCACUGAUAUCUUUCGUGGAGACAAGAGCCCCCUUCCACACUUUGAGAAGAGGUAUUCUUAUUUCAGCGAUACAGAUUGCGGUGAUGUAUAUCCAUUGAUGUUGGAUGAUCCCUUACUGGACCAACAAGAACGGCAAAUGAUGUGCCAAAUCGUAUUGCAUGCAGCGGAUAUUAGUAAUCCAUUACGGCCAUGGCCAGUGUGUCGUAAUUGGUCAACGUUGGUAUGUCAAGAAUUCUUUCGACAAGGUGACGAAGAAAAGAAGCAUGGAUUACCUGUAUCACCCAACAUGGAUCGUGAUUGUGUCACUCAAAUGAUGGUCGGCAUGCAAUUUGGAGAUUACAUUGUGGGCCCAUUUUUCGAAUUAUUCGCUACCUUGUUCCCUCGCGCCGAUACCCUUGUUCAACAACUCAAACAAAACCGCAUCGAAUGGCAAAAUAUGGAGGAAGAGAAUGCUGAAAAGACUACAUCAACUACAGCUACAACAACAAAGAAUGCCGAUCAUCGAAUCACCAAAGUGAGCAGCGCAGCAAGUAGUGCCACUAGUAUAAGUCAACAAUCAGCUGCAACAGCACCUGCUGUACCUGGAGAACAUGGUCGUCAGCCAUCGGAUAUGCUACCGGAUCGUAACAUUCUCAAUCCAGCAGGAAGACGUGUUAGUGUUGCUGCAGGCAUGGUUGUAAUCCCUGAUAAUAUCGAAGAAAGCGUGGUCAAAGCACCAGCCAAAGUCAGGCGCAGAUUACUUGGUCCUCGAAGCGUGAGCGAUACAGGCAAAACCUUGAGCAAAAUGAAGGAGUUUAUCAAGCAACAUCAUCAUCUCUCCAAAGACCACCCUCCUUCUUUGAGUCAACAUCAUCAUCGUCAUAGUCAUCAAGAGGAUUGUCAUUCAUUAUCCACUAAGGAAAAGAAGGAUAAACAUCACUCAGUACCAUCGCCAUCCUAUCUCCAUCGACGUUUAUAUAAACCAUCUCAAUCAAGAAGAUCCAGUAGCAGCGACGCCGAUAAUGCAUGCUUCGAUUGUCCUCAGCAGCUGAGAGCAGCAACUUCACCCGAUCCACCUCCACCCUAG